AUGCAGCUCAACGAUGAUGCGGGCACUUUCGUGUCUGUUCCGUCUCUGCUAGCGUCGCCCUCCGCGGUGUCGGCGUCUUCCGUGCCGGUGGUGCGCUUCGACAACGGAAAGAGGUCGUACUCUGGUGUUCUCGCGUUCUCCACAUCGGACCACGUCGUGCAAGGUAUUAAACACAUUGCAGAGCAACUAAUGGACAAGGGCUACCAGAUCAAAUUCACGUACAAGGAAAAUAGUACGGAUGCCAAUCUGGAGCUGACACUAGCCCGUACGGGACUAGCUGUGACCAGGCCGAGAAGGAAAUGCCCACCGCGAUCGACACGCAGCUCAACUCGAGCGAGCGCGCGCACAUCAAGGCGCACAGCGUCGCGCCGAUGA